AUGAGUGCGUUCUGGAGAAAGUUCCGGACGGCGGUGCGCUUCCUCAACAAGGCCAAGGGGCCGGCCGAGAAGAGUGCGGACCAAGCGAGCGAGCGAGAGCUGGUGGCCUGCCAAGUGGCGAUCCUGCAAAAGUCGCCGGAGGCAAGGACCGACGAAGACCUGGCAGUGAUCGACGACAUACUGAAGUCGGUCAAGUUCACCGCUGAACUGCCGCUCCGAGUGCGACUUGAGAUCUGCAAGAACUGCACGUACAAGCAAGGCGCCGCAGGCCAAGAGCUCUUCAAACAGGGCGACUCCGGCAAAGAGUUCUUCAUCAUCCUCUCGGGCAUCGUCACGUGUUCGGCGAUCAACACCAGCACGGGCCAGGCCUCCGUGGUCGCCCGGUUGACCAUCCACCAGUCUUUCGGCGAGCGGGGGCUCCAAUCAAAAAACGCCACGCGGCAGGAGACGGUGACCCUCGAGAGCCGCUGCGACUUCCUCGUCAUUAGCAGGGACAACUUUGACGUCAUCAACCAGCAUCUGCAGUCGAACGAGAGCCGGAAGAAAGUGGACUUCCUGAGGAAUGUGGGCGUGUUCGCGCACUUGCCCCAGUCUAGUUUGCAGAUGAUCGCCACGGCGAUGGCGGCCCGCACGUGCCCCAAAAACUCCGUCAUCAAGCGCCAGGGCGGCGACAGCACCGAGAUCUAUUUCCUUGUCACGGGCACGUGCCGCGUCAUCCGUGACGUCACCUUCUCGUCCCGUGAGUCCAUCCAACUCUCCAGCCUGUCCCUCGUCCGCGACGCGAUCGACAGCGCGUCGGACGCGGCCGCGGGGCGCCGGCGGCCGGGCGAUGCGGCAGCGCCCGACACGAUCUUGGGGCUGCCGCUCGCGCCCACUUCCGCCGCGGGAACUUUCGCUCUACCGGCGUCGCUGGCCGUUCCGCUGACCAGGACGGAAGGGCAAAGGAGCUCCGCGGAAGCGGCAGGUUCUGAGGACGGGCAAGAGGAGAGCGGAACCCCAUCGACCGCACGAGAAGCUGAAGCGGAAGAAGAUGAUAAGGAGGGGGCUCUUAUUGGCGUGGAUAAGCGAGCGGACGAUCCCAUAAGCGCGGAGACAGUGGAAAGUCGCAAAAGCCGCGUCUCGUUUCAACUGCCUUCGAGCACCCCUCCCGAGCGGGGGCGGUCCGGGACCUCCAGCCAGAGCCGGCGGAAAUCGUCCGAUCCGGUUGGGCGGACCCCGGAUUCCGCUCCGAGUACUAGCGGCCGCGAGCGGACCGACUUUCCUGCGCGCGCUUAUGCGGGGGCGGGGGAGAACGUAUCCCCGAAGCGCACGAGCAGCGGUCCCCCGUCGUUCCGGGCUCCGCCCGAGCCGUUCUUUCCGGCCGGAAUCAACCCCAGCCACGGCGAGCGGAUCUACCCUUGGGAGCGGUCGCAAAAGUGGCCCAAAACGACCCCGCGCUCGCGUUCUGCGUCGCCGCCGCACGUGACCGAGAGCCCGCGCGCGCGGCGCGCGCGCGCGAGCGCGGACCCGUACUCGAGCAAGCGCCUGACGGUGACGCAGAUGCUGCGCGCGAUGCCGAAGCGGAAGGAGAAGUCGCGGCGGCUGUUUCUAGAACUGGGUCAGUUGAACCCGCCCGCGUAUUUCGGCGAAGCAGGCUUGCUGCGGAACGAGGCGCGGUGGACGACUAUUGUGGCGGCGACAAAUGUAGAGCUUUACGUUAUGAACAAGCUCGACUUCCAAGUGCGCGUCGGGCGGGAUAUCAUCAAGCAGAUGGAGCAGCGGAUUCCGGAGUAUCCGACCGACGACGCAAUCCGGAAGCAGUUUUUGCGGAACGUGCUGUGGUCCAACUACAAGGCCGCCCUCGUCUCCGAAGUGACCGCCCACCGGAGCGGAAACGGGAAGCCGACGUCAGCUGUUCCGCUCCCGAGCGCCAACUUCCGUCAGCCGGACGGUCAGACCGUGCGGUUGCCGCGGCUGCUGGAGCGGAAAACAAAUGCGUCCGCGCCAAAUGUUAAGCUCCUGAAAGGAGCCGUUAUGCCGAUACCCACGUUAGAUUGA